ACCCUCCGUUGCUCCAGCAGCUCCACCUCAUGAAGCCACCGCUCCUCUUCGUGCACUGAGUCCGACAUCCGGACGAGAAUGUGACCGCAGGUCUGGCUCAAAGUUUGAUUUGAUGGAAAGCGGGCGUCCCAAUCCUGGAAGAUGGGCUAUGGGCAAAUCCUUCACAAGUGCGGCUACAAUGAGCAGCAGCUUCGCCUUAAUGUGGGAGGACUUCACUUCGAGGUGGAUGGAGACACGUUGCAGCAGUUUCCGCACACGCGUCUCGGCCGCCUGCUGCGCUGCCGGAGCGAGACGGCCAUCCUGGAGCUAUGCGACGACUACAGCGCCGCCGACAGGGAGUACUACUUUGACCGGAAUCCCCGCGUGUUCCUCUGCGUGCUCAACUUCUACCAGACGGGACGCCUGCACAUGAUGGAGGACGUGUGCGUGUUUUCCUUCAGCCAGGAGAUCGAGUACUGGGGCGUCCAUGAGUUCCACCUGGCCGACUGCUGCAGCAACUGGUUCCACGAGAGGAAGGAGUACAUCCAUCACCGGGACUGGGACGUCAGGAGCGAGGACGGCCAGCAGCCCAGCUUCGAUUCGUCCCUGGCGGAGUUGUCGGCGCUGGAUCAGGACCUGGCCAAGUUCGAGGGCUUGUGGUGUGCCCAGUUCCGGCGUUACGUGUGGCUCAGGCUGGAAGAUCCGGGUCACUGCCGAGCAUCCAAGAUCAUCGCCUUGGCGUCCCUCAGCGUAGUGCUGACGUCCAUCAUCGCCAUGUGCGUCCACAGCAUGCCUGAGUUUCAGCAGGUGGACGACAACGACAAGCCCAUCGAGGACCCCGUCCUCGCCAUCCUGGAGGUGAUCUGCAUCGUGUGCUUCUCGACCGAGUUCGUCAUCCGACUGAUUGUGGCCCCCUCCCCCAGGAAGUUCCUCGGGAACCCCUUGAACAUCAUCGAUGUCGCCUCCAUCCUGCCCUUCUACGCCACCCUGGCUCUGGAAAACACCGACGAGGAGGGCGCCGAGGAGAACGAGGACAUCCAGAACGUGGGGAAAGUGGUGCAGGUUCUCCGCCUCAUGAGGGUCCUCCGAAUCCUCAAACUGGCUCGUCACUCCAUCGGGCUGCGAGCGUUGGGUGCCACCGUACGCCACAGCUACAACGAGGUGGGCCUCCUUCUUCUCUUCCUCUCCGUAGGGAUCUCCAUCUUCUCCGCCCUUAUCUACUUUGCGGAAAAGGAGGAGGAAGGCACGGACCUGGGCACCAUCCCUUCCGGUUGGUGGUGGGCCACUAUCACCAUGACGACGGUGGGCUUCGGGGACACCUGCCCCGUGACUCUGGCAGGGAAGAUAGUCGCCACCUUGUGUAUCAUCUGUGGACUUUUAGUGGUUGCGCUACCCGUUACCAUCAUUUUUAAUAAGUUCUCCAAGUACUACCAGAGGAACCAAGCCAUGGAGAGCCAGUGUAUCCCCAAACCCGAGAGACAGGACCCUGAACUUCCUUAUUACAACAUCAGGGACUUGUUCAAUGAUAAGGUGUAUCCGUUCCUCGGGGGCGUCUCUCUCAGGAACAGCGUAAGCAGCGGUGGGGACAACAUGGACACCUCAAGCUUACAGGACGUCAACAUGUACCACGGUGAUACUCGUGAAAACUCAAAUGUUGAACUAUGAAAUGCGGUGGUACCGUGACUGACGAAUGUCCCAACUUACGAUUUCUUUCCAGUUACGAUCACUCAUUAGGCCACGCCCCUUAAAGGCACGUGUCAAAACCUGAAUACUGCAGUGUAUAUGUACAGUAUGACUAUCGGCUUAAUAACACUUUAUAAAAUUAAAAAGUAUUCUCUUAUUAUGCUUUUAUGGGUCGUUUUCAUAUAAUUUGAUCAAUAAAGGCACGAACCACCAAUUUUAAUGAUAUGAGUAUUUAAAAUACUGCGAUUGGCUGGCAACCAGUUCAGGGUGUACCCCGCCUCUUGCCCGAUGAUAGCUGAGAUGGGCUCCAGCACUCCCGCGACCCUUGUAAGGAUAAGCGGCUCAGAAAAUGGAUGGAUGGAUGGAGUAUUUAAAAUAUUGGCAGUUUUUAUCCAUAAAAAGGUCAUAAAUAUUUUUCAGAAAAAAAAAAAAAAAAAAAAACUUUUUUUUUUCUAACUUUCUAAGUUUCAUGAUUUGCAACAUGUUUUCUGAAGAUGCUAAUUACAUUUUUGGAUGUACAGGAUUUUUCUGCUAUUGCUUAAUAUGCCUUUUCCAUGAAAACUAACACAAAUGCAUCUCAAUGUCUUCAGAGUUCCUUUUUGGGGGCUUCUUUUACAAAGGGCCCUUCUUUGUCGGUCAAGCUGUCUUUACCGUUAAUGCCACUGGAGAGAGCCUCGUUAUGUUGUUGCAAUACACCAGAGGGAUCUGUGAGCUGACGUGUCAGGAUGAAGCGGCCAUUUUGCAUUCACUCCAUAGCAGACAGCAAAAUAACUGAGAACCUUAUUUCUGAGGUAUGAAUGAAUCUGUAUGAAUUUGUCAAGUAUUGCAUGUCUUUACCGUUAUGAUGAUUGUAUAAAGACAAGAGUGUAAUAGUUUCAAUGAGUACUUAGGGUCAUUUAAUCACUUGUAUCUGCAGUUUUUGAAGGGCACCACACAUAGAUUUUGCAACUCACACGGUUUUUAUGAAGCUGUUUGUCUUUACCGUUAUGCACUUCUGUUUUUAACGUGAUAAAAAGAAGUGUAUUUCAAUAGGCCAGCACCAUUUCUUCUGUCAAUAAGGACUGCCUUUACUAUGAAUGCCCAAAAUUUAAAAUCAUCAAUAAUUUUUCGAAAAUAGGACUUUAAAGGCGUAGCUGUUUCAGCAUGAGCGACAUUUACCCAUAUAAAAUGAAGGCGGCAUUAAAAAGAAUUGCUAAAUUAGAUUUUUUUUAAAUUUUAUUUUAUUAUUUUUUUAUUUUUUACAAGUGACGUUACCAUUAUUGAUUAAAUUAUAUGACAAUGACCAUUGCAUUUUUUACUUUACAAAACAGUGCAAUUUUUCUGUAUGAACAACAUGUAACCAAAUUUAUGGAUUUCAAUUCAUUUCACAGGGGAAUAUUGAUUUGGUAUAUGAGUGAAUUAAGUUGUGUCAAGCUUGGUCACGGAACGAAUUAAUGGUAAGUCAAUGUACCAAUGUAUUCCGAGCAACAGCUUCUUGUUUUUGUUUUUUUGUACCGGGCAAAAAAAACGCAGCAGCACUAAAACAUACGAUCCCUCCCAGCCACUAGGGAAUCACCUGAACGUUGCUCCAAGGCCUGAAAGCCCAUUUUCUGCUUGAGAAAACUGCAAUGAUGCAUGCGGCAGCCUCCUAAUGUUCGUGUUUUUUUCUGCGUAAUCUCCUAUUCAUUUUUCCACUCGCUCAGAGUCCAGAAUGGCAAAAGUAACGACAACACCGCCUUAAUCCUGCUGAAUUGACACUUCACCGAUUGCAUGUUAAUUUGGAAAUAUUAUAAUACAUUCAGUGGAAUGCAAUAUUUUUUUUGGGACAGCUGCUUUUGUUUUUUUCUUUUUUUUUUUACUUAUGUUGAAAUAAACAAAAGACUCCUCGCAAUAACUUCAUUUAAAUUUCCCCGCAACAUUCAUGGUGGUUACUUUGAUGAUUUCCUUGUCUUGUGGCUCUGUUUCGAGCUGAAGUAAACUUAAAAUGAAGUGAAAGUGAUGUUACAUGACAGAGUUAUUGAUAUUCUCUCUUAUGUCAUCGUCUGCUUGAAUAAGCUGCGGUUCUACCAAAACUACAAAUACGGUGAUACCUUGACUUACAAGUUAAAUUUGUUCCAUGAAGCUUGUUAAAACCUCCAAUUUUGGCUCACAACACAAAGCAAAAAGUCAACCGAGCGACGGGGCGUAAUUCAGAAAUUGUACAGUAUGUUUACCACUGACAUGCACUAUAGUUGUUUCCCUUUGUUUCUUAGAAUUAACAUUAAUCUGCAUUGAUUACUUCUAGCAGUUAAAGCGGGGUACACGCAUAACAAUAAUCUGGCCAAAUUUGAGCGUUUUUUUUCCCCCCUUCCUAAGUAAAGUCAGCAAAGGCCCAAAUAUCUGAUGUUUCUAAAAAAUUAUUCUGAACAAUUAUCCUGUGGUGUGGGCUGUUUUAAGAGUGAUUAUUAUUUUUUUUUUUUUCUUCUCCCUGAAAAUGGUUAGGGCUGGCACCUAUUCAAUAUUUUUUGUGAAUACAGUGGACCCCUGCAUACUCGUAAUUCGGCACCUGAGGAGUCACCUAAUUGGUGAUUUUUAUUUUUCCAAAAUGUUUUCAAUUUAAAAAAUUUUUACCCCCUGAUUUAAAAAAAACAUUUUAACUGUUUUUUUUUUUUUUAUUUUAACUGUCUUUCAAAACUUAUUUUUAUUUUGAGGGGAAUGCUUUUUUUGGUUAAAUUUUUUUAAUUAUUAUUUUUUUCCCCAGUGCAAUUAGAAUGGGCAUCAAUCGUCUGGCGAUUUUCGCUAUUCACGGUGCGGGCCUGGUUCCUAUCCUCCAUGAAUAGCGGGGAUCCACUGGACCACUGUAUGUCAUUAUGUCUUUGUAGUGCUGCGUUGGGCAACACUAACACACACGCUGAUUAUUUUUUUUCUCCUUAUCAUAUGUGGAUUCUGUCACAUUUUACAAAAUCGUUUAAGAUGGUAAAAAUCGCUGUGUGUACCCGUAUUAGUCCACAUUGUUGUCAGGACUUAUUGUACCACUUAUUAAAGAGGCUCUAAGCAGAUAUCCGUGUUUUGUUUCCAAAUAUAUUAAAUAUGAUUGAAGAUAAUUGAUGAAAACAUAUG